AUGUUCAAGGAAGAGGAUUUCCCGCCACUCCCGCUGGAAGAGGACUCUGGAGGUGAGGAAGUGAGCAACCCGUUAGAAGAUGCAGCUCCCCCUGUGCCGCCCGACAUUCCUCCGGUUGUUGUGGACCCUACUCUGGGAGUUGCAGUGCCGUCAGUUGAUAUUCCUGCUCCUGUCGCAGUUCCUGCUGCUCCUAUGGGCAUUCCUGGUGGUCACUGCGAGGCAUCGCCGUCUUCCUCUCCCGCGUCUUCUGCUGCUGCGCCUGGCCCUGCAUCCUCGCCUAGUGUCCUGGCUGUGAUGGGUGCUGGGAUGGAUACAGCGCCUCAUCCUGUGCCUGGCCUGGUUCCCCAUGUGGUUGAGGAUGCUGCUGUUCUACGACAAGCGUCGGAUCGCCCGGCUUCUGCUGCAUGGGCUGAUGUUGGCGAGUUUGACGACUGUGAAUCUUCCGGCGACGGCGGGGGUCGCUCCGGUUGCGUUGUAAUCUACAAUGGUGGCGGAGGUGCAUUUGCCUGCAGAUGCCAGUACCGGUGUUACACUAUAUUUAACACAUUUACACAUGCAGAGCAAGAACAGUGUCUGACGAAGACAGCAGCUGUAGCAAGAUCAGCAGCCAGAGGAGUGCCUGAGAACAGCAGCAGCAUCAGAGGAAGAAGCUGCACACCCAUAAGUACUCUACAGCAGCAGCAGUUGUGGCGAGAGCCAAUUAUGAGUCAACACCACAAUGGCCACAGAAAAUCACACAACAAGAAAGUCAGGAUUAACAGGGCGAGGAAGAGGCAGAGUUUGGUGACGACUUCUACUGUGUUGCGGCUGUUUAUUGUGAUGGCUGCUACGGUGUCUCUUGUCCACACCCUGGCUCUCCCGGCCCCUGCUGACACCCUGCUUGCUGACACCGUGCCUGGUGGCACAGUUCCUGCUGCCACAGUACCUGCUGACAUAGUGCCUGCUGGUACAGCAUCUACUAAUCCAGUACCUGCUGACAUGGUGCCUGCUAAUACAGCAUCUACUAAUCCAGCACGUGUUGACCAAAAACUAAUAGAUUCACCAUCUGGUGACUCAUCACCUGCUGAUCCAUCAUCUGCUGACCCAUCACCUGCUGAUCCAUUAUCUGCUGACCAAACAACGGCCUACCUGUUUCCAGCUAAUCUGUCCUCAGCUUAUCCAAAUGUUAAAGCACUGGGAGGUGCUCGGGACGCCGCACAGGGCUUUGUACUGGCCGGCACACGAGGCCUCUCACGAGGCUUCACAUGGGGCUGCAAACUAGGGGAACCCGCAGAGGACACAGAAGAGUCGGGGCCCCCGCCACCGAGCACAAGAGCAAAGGCACCUUGGUACGCAUCCUUCCGUAAGACCACGACGAGGGCCCCGUUCGGCAGGAGCAACCUCCCACCGUGGGGAGUCGUCAGCAGUACGACACUAGUACUGUCAGCAGUACGAGGCAUAGGGGGCAUCACCGGAGGCAGCACAGAGCCUCCCACAGCACCGCCAACCUCGGCAGGAGACGCCAGAUCAACGUACUCUUCCACCUCCACCCAAGGCACCCCACGAAGGGGAGACACACUCGGGACCCGCCUCGAGCGCUUGGAGACAGGCUGCCGGUCAUCUGAGCACCCCCCAUCAUCUCGUAAUACAGCAGAACUCUACAACGACGGACGCGCCUUCAAGGCCCGGUUCCUUAGAACCGCAGCCUCCACGGCCGGGGGCAACGGACCACACACAGCAGGAGACUCCUCGCCGCGGACAUCCAAAGGGACAGAAGACGCCGCAUGCAGGGACGGAGCAGGUAUGGGCGGCCGAGACGGGGCGGGCUGGGCCAACAGGAGCAGGGACGUCGGAGGCGGGGGCGAGGCCGCCCCAAACCCCACGUCAACGUCCACUCCAUCACCCAACACCGGGGCAGAAACCAGCAGGGAAUCAACACACGGUCCAGCACGUGGAGAUAGGUCCGGGACCAACAGCGGGGAAAAAUUCUCCUCCUGGAAGAGAUUAACAUGGGUGACCCAGCGCUCCACACACCUCGCGGCCAGCCUUGUCGAAGUGGAUGAACCUCUCUCCUUCGUUACUUGCCUUAGUGGUGUGAAUAUAACAAAGAAUCUAAAUCUAGGUGUCUUCAACAAGGGUCUCUUCAUCAGCAGAGUUGAAGGCUGGACAGCCCUUCACAGGGCAGCCGAAGGUGGUCACGACAACAAUGUGAAGGUCCUCAUCCUGGCUGGAGCAGACGUCAACGCUACAGAUAAUUAUG